CACCAAAGCAAAGCUUGCUCCUUCCUAGCCUACAUAUACUAACCUACGCAGUAGGCGCAUCUUAGCACCCACCAUCCCCACCCAAGCCUUUCUUGCUCGACUUUUUACAGCAAUGAAGUCUGCUUCGCUAUCUUACUCCGGGUGUGAAGAUCCCCAUUUUCUUGAAGCUUGUACUCUUUGCUCGAAGCCGUUGGGCCAAAACAGUGACAUCUUUAUGUACAGAGGGAACACUCCAUUUUGUAGUCAAGAAUGCAGACAAGAACAGAUGGGAAUUGAUGAAGGAAGAGAAAAGAGAUGUAGAAGAAGAGUCUCCAAGAAAGCAUCUUCUGAAAUCAAGAAAUCUACAGAAACUCUUGUUGUGGCCUAAUAAUAAUCUUAAAAUAGGAUAUGGGAAAGUGUAUUUGGGGGGGUGUUUAAUUAAUACCAUGUCGUACAGAAAUUAUUGUGGGGUGUAUUUGCGAAAUGUCAUUUUGUCUGUUUUAUGUUUUGGGAGGCUUUGGAAUU